CUGCAGGAUAAGAGUGAAAAAAUGUCUCAUGACUUUGAGACUCCAUAAAGCUGAGCAGUGUCUGGCAGCACACAAAGGAAACAUUUUACACCACCGGGGAUAGAAGAUUUCAGAGAGGCAGCUAUCUCCAUGUCAGUCCGUGUUAAGAACUAACUCAAGAUUAUUAAGCCAAGAUUGCAGAGUUGGCUGCAAAGCAAUUAUUUUGUGAUUUAAUACUGGAUCUUUUGCACCUGGAGGAAGGAUGGAGACACAGCUACCCAAAGCGCCCCAGAAAAGGCAAGUGACCGCCAUUAUCAUUCUAUUACUAUCGUGGGAGGCGGGCGGUGCGACCAUUAAGUAUUCUGUUCCAGAAGAGAAGGAUAGUGGUUCUUUUGUGGCCAACCUAGCGAAAGAUUUGGGGCUGGACUUAGGGGAGCUGGCCAUGAGGGGCGCCCAGAUUCUUUCCAAAGGGACCAAACAGCAUUUGCAGCUCGAGCAGAAGAGUGGGAAUUUACUCCUAGAAGAAAAAAUGGACCGGGAAGAGUUGUGUGGUGACACAGAGCGAUGUAUACUGCAUUUCCAGGUGUUACUGAAAAACCCAGUGCAGUUUAUUCAAGGUGAACUACAGCUCCAAGAUGUAAAUGACCAUGCCCCAGAAUUCCUGGAAAAGGAAAUCUUUCUAAAGAUCUCAGAAAGCAGCCAUCCGGGGACUGCAUUUCCUUUGAAAAUAGCUCAGGAUUUAGACGUGGGCAGCAACACAGUUCAGAACUACACAAUUAGCUCCAACUCCCAUUUCCAUCUUUUUACUCGUAAUCGCAGCGAUGGCAGGAAAUACCCGGAACUGGUGCUGGACAAAGAGCUGGACCGAGAGGAGGAGCCAGAGCUCAGGUUAACCCUCACGGCGCUGGAUGGCGGGUCACCGCCCAGGACUGGGACAUCCCAGGUUAUCAUUGUAGUCCUGGACAUAAAUGACAAUGCCCCUGAAUUUGAUCAGUUACUCUAUGAGGUUCAGGUAUUAGAAAACAGCCCUGUAGGCUCCCUUGUCAUCACUGUCUCUGCUAGAGAUUUAGAUGCUGGAACUCAUGGAGAGCUCUCCUACUCAUUUUUCCAAUCCUCAAAUCAAAUCAUUCAGGUGUUUGAAAUAAACGCAAUCACAGGAGAAAUUCGAUUAAAAAGAAUGUUGGAUUUUGAGGAAAUUCAAUCUUAUCGAAUGGAAAUUGAGGCCUCAGAUGGCGGGGGUCUUUCAGGAACCUGCACUGUAGUCAUAGAAGUAAUGGAUGUAAACGACAACGUCCCGGAACUGACCAUGUCAUUACUCAUCAGUGAUAUCCCAGAAAACGCACUUGACACUGUGGUUGCUAUUUUCGGAAUUUCAGAUCCAGACUCUGGGGACAAUGGCAAAAUGAUGUGUUCCAUCCAAGAUCAUCUCCCCUUUCUUCUGAAACUUACCGUAGAAAAUUUCUACACCUUGGUAACAGAAGGAGCGCUAGACAGAGAGACAAGAUCCGAGUACAACAUCAUCAUCACCGUCACCGACUUGGGGACACCCAGACUGAAAACCGAGCACAACAUAACCGUACUGGUCUCCGACGUCAACGACAACGCCCCGGCCUUCACCCAAACCUCCUACACGCUGUUCGUCCGCGAGAACAACAGCCCCGCCCUGCACAUCGGCAGCGUCAGCGCCACAGACAGAGACGCGGGCGCCAACGCCCAGGUCACCUACUCGCUGCUGCCGCCCCAGGACCCGCAGCUGCCCCUGGCCUCCCUGGUGUCCAUCAACGCGGACAACGGGCAGCUGUUCGCCCUGAGGGCGCUGGAUUACGAGGCCCUGCGGGUCUUGGAGUUCGGCGUGGGCGCCGUGGACCGCGGCUCCCCGGCGCUGAGCAGCCCGGCGCUGGUGCUGCGCGACGCGGCCAAGCACAGGCUGCUGGUGCUGGUCAAGGACAAUGGCGAGCCGCCGCUGUCGGCCAGCGUCACGCUGCACGUGCUGCUGGUGGACGGCUUCUCGCAGCCCUACCUGCCGCUCCCGGAAGCGGCUGCCGACGCGGCCCAGGCCGACCAGCUCACGGUCUACCUGGUCAUCGCGUUGGCGUCGGUGUCGUCGCUCUUCCUGUUCUCGGUGCUGGCGUUCGUCGCGGUGCGGCUGUGCCGAAAGGGCAAGGCCGCCUGGGUGGGUGGCUGCUCGGUGCCUGAAGGCCACUUUCCGGGCCACCUGGUGGACGUCAAUAGCAGUGGGACCCUGUCCCAGAGCUACCAGUAUGAAGUUUGUCUGAUGGGAGGCUCAGGUACUAACGAGUUCAAGUUCCUGAGGCCAAUUAUCUCUAAUCUGCAUUCCCAGAGCUCAGGGAGGGAAGUGGAAGAAUAUCCUUCUUUUCAGAAUGAUUUGGGUUUCUGAUAAAGAAUGAAAAAUAAAUGCAAGUAUUGUGUCUGUGAAUACAUUCAUAAGAGAUUUAUCCUGAGUUACCACUAGAGGAGUGCUUUCACAUUGUUUAAAGUAUUCUUAAAGUCACAGAAAAAAAUUCUUUACACAGAAGAGGAUCCAACUUUAGCCCUAAUACUUCUCCAGGAAGCAUGGGAUGUGUCUAUUUUAUUUCUAACAAUUGUGUAUUGUGUGCAGUCUUUAACGUGAUGAAUUUUGUUUGAGAUGUUGUAAAUUGGUUUUCGUUGUCUUCAAACUUUUAUUUUCUGAGUUGAUUUCAGUGCUGUAGAAGUAUACCUAUGCUAAGUUUUAGAAGCACAGAUUAUAGAGUAUCUUUUAAAGCUUUUAAAAAAGUAAUUACUAUGCAUCAUACACUAUUUUAACACUUUUAAA